UUUUCUUCCAAUUUAGACUUGUUUAAUCAAAAAAUGGUUGUUCGAACAUUAAUUCCAUCACACUUUAAAGCUCCUUGGGGAUUUGCAAAGAAGGGUGCUAAAGGACUUCGAAAAAUAGGUCCACUGCAUUAUGAAUCGUGGAAGUGGCCUGGACAGAAUAGAGAAUUUCCUGAAUUGUCUCCAAAAUGGCAGAAGAAUAAUACAAUGGAAUUGAGAGGUUUGUUUUGCUAUUUUUUUUAUUAA